GGUCAUUUGCCAAAGAGUUACGAGCUGGUACUUCUGGUUGGAGAUGUGUGGGGGUGCCUUCAUGCGUUUGGUCCCUCCUGAGCCCUUAAAAAGGUCCCGGCCAGUUGUUUGGAUUGUGUGGUACUAAGACGGUGGAGUGUUGAACCUGCCUUUGAGUUUUAUUUGCACUCUGGGCACUGAUUGCCCCGGUGUAAGUAUGGAAGCGCAGCUAGUAAAACUACUCUGUAUACCACAUCACGUCCAGCAGGCGAGCAGGUGAUUUGAGACGCAGGAUUCUUGGAUUCGAGAUGAUUUUCAUCAGCAAUGGCCUGUUGGAAUGUGUUCUCUCUUGAGCCAGUUCCCUGCAAGAAUGGACGUGAACCUCGGGGGGACUGACGUGGAUGUUUCAUUGAAAGUUAUUUUCUUCAUAUUUGUCGGAUUGUUUGAGAUGCAUUGUUGAAACUUGUGUUCCAUUGCUCAACGUGUUUGAUAACGAAGAUAGAUUUAUUACACUGUAAUGGGUGCCUUUGAUACUCCAAGUGUGGUUGGGCAAACAGGAGAAUUCUUUUAGGAGAGUUGAGCUUUUGCAGCUUUAACUGUCCAGGAUGUUUUGCUUGUAUACUGAUUUGGAAGGGCAGCAUCGGUUUACAGAGAAUGUGUAAAAAAAAAAAUCUGUCCUGCUCAUUUAGUGUGAAAAAUCUCUUUGUAUACAUGGCUUUCUGCAUUGAUGAGAGGAUGAAAAUUCAACAGUAGAACUUCACAUUGGUGUUGAAUAGACCUUUUGACAUUGCCAUAAGGAAUGAGAGCUGCGCCUUGGGAAGGAAUGUUAACUGUCAGCAAACAGGUGUCAUGAUCAAACACGCAUCUGCUGACUUGGAACUGGUUGUGGAGCAAUUGCCAGCACAGACGAUUCAUUCAGCAAACUGGUGAAUGGUGGUGUUUGAGCUGUGUGGGGAAAUAAAUGUUGUUGAUUUAAGGCAUCUCUAGGGCAUGAUGGUUGUUUAUAUUUCUUCAGCAUCAGACUCCGCGAUUGUGUUAAGAGCCACAUGGAUAUAGCAUGGGAUGAGAGUUUCUGGUUUGAGGGAGGACAGACUGCACUAAUGUGUGCUGCCCAGGCUGGUAAACUGGAACUAGUUCAGGAGUUGUUAGACAGAGGAGCGGACAUCAAGGCCAUAGAUGAGGACAGAUGGACGGCCCUUAUUUUCGCCUCCAAGGAAGGCCACUUGGACAUAGUCAAGGCGCUGCUCACUAAGGGGGCAGAGAUUGACCACACAGAUGUUAAUGGCUGGUCAGCAUUAAUGUGGGCAAGUUACAAGGGUCAUGCAGAUGUUGCAGAGGAACUACUCGAGCGGGGAGCAUCGCCCAAUGUGCAAGCACACCACGGUGUCACCCCAAUUAUCUGGGCAGCAGGCCGAGGCCAGACUGGUGUUGUAGAAUGCCUACUGAAUCAUGGAGCCAAGGCAAACUCAGCUGAUAAGUAUGGAACAACUGGACUUGUAUGGGCUGCACGAAAGGGUCACGUAGGGUGCGUGAAAGCCUUGUUGCAUAGCGGAGCCAAUGUAGACCUAGCUGGCAUGAAUGCAUGGACAGCAUUGAUUGUUGCAUCGAGGGGAGGUUUCACAGAGGUGGUCAGGUUGCUGUUAGAUGAAGACCCCAACGUCAAUGCAGUGGAUAAGGAUGGGAUGACCAGUCUUUGCUGUGCCGCUAAAGAAGGCCAUGCCGAAGUAGUCAAGUUACUGUUGGAACACUCACCAUAUUUGAAUAUACAGGACAAGAAUGAUGAUACAGUUUUAAUCCAUACUGUUAAAGGAGGUCAUCUUGAGACUGUAAAACUUCUCCUCGAUAAAUAUGCAGAUGUAGACAUCCAGGGCUGCGACAAGAAGACGGCAUUAUUCUGGGCAGCCGACAAGGGCCUUGUGGACAUCGCAGAAGCGCUUUUGGAGUGCAAUGCAAAUCCAGAAAUACCAAACAAGGAUGGCGAAACCCCUUUGCUGAGAGCAGUUCGUAACAGAAAUCGAGAGAUCGUCCGGGUAUUACUGGACAAAAAUGCCAAAGUCUCUGCAACGGACAAGCGAGGUGACACUGCCCUACACAUAGCGAUCCGCUUCCGUGAUAAGAAGGUGUCGGAGUUGCUGCUCCGUAACCCCAAAGAUGGCCGCCUCCUGUACAAGCCCAAUAAGGAAGGAGAGACACCUUACAACAUAGACUGUAACCACCAGAAAGGCAUCCUGACUCAGAUCUUUGGAGCAAGGAGUUUCACUCCAGGUGAAGAGGCGGAGAGCGAGAUGAGUGACCUAUGCAGUAGCUCCUUGGCGGACAUUCUCAGCGAGCCCACGCUAGCUCCGCCCAUCACCGUAGGCCUGUAUGCACGCUGGGGGAGUGGCAAGUCUUUCAUUCUCAAGAAAUUACAAGAUGAGAUGCGUCAGUUUACCAACCACCGUAGCAAACCUGUCUUUCGAUUUUCCUGCCUAGUCUUCAUCGUCUGUCUUCUACUCAGUGCUGUGCUGGGCACGGCUGUUCUCUUUAUAUUCAGCGACGUUCCGGGGGUGUCUAUUGGGGUGUUUUUUGCCCUGUUCCUCUUUCUCUAUUUUCUACUAGGUGUUAUUUAUCUAGGCAAUCGCAAGAAGUGGCGGGGUAUGCGAGCCACAUCCUCGUGGUUGGCCAAGCAGCUGAACUAUCUCCGUCUUCUCCUUGCCAUGAUCUACUGCAAUCCUCCUCCAUUGCCCCCACAGAGCAGCAAGGCUCUGCCCAUCAGGUUUAUCUUUGGCGAACACUUACACCUGUCCAACCUCGGUGGAGACACGCCGCUAUCCGAGGCAGUGGCCUCCCUCAGUACCGCAGUGGAGAGGGACCUUGGUUUCAUGGCGUCACGGGUCUAUAGGGUCACCAAAAACAAAUAUACAGAGGGUCUUGCCAAAUGGAAGCGGUGUUGCUGCAUACCACGGUUCCUCCUAACACUCCUCGUCCUGGCCUGCUUUAUCACCUUCCUGGUCCUCCUCUUCUACUACUUUCUCAAUUACAGGGCGGUGAUGGGGGCCAGCCGCAAGCCCGUCUUCAUCGCCAUGAUAGUCAUGGGCUGCAUAGUGGGCCUGGCCCUCCUCUCCAAUGCCCCCUGGCUGCUGCUGUUUGUCUACCGGCUGGUCUGGUCACCGCAGCUUCACCUGCGUCGGGCAGCGGGUCGCAGCCAGCAUGACCUGCGCUCAGAGAGCUUCCUGCGGGUUCUCAAGCAGGAGGCGGACACGCUGUCACAGUUUGUGCGCUGCGUGGAUGCGUUCCAGGGCUCGCAGACCCGCAUGGUGGUGGUGGUGGACGGCUUGGACAGCUGCGAGCAGGAGCAGAUCCUUCACCUGCUGGACUCCAUCAAGGCCCUCUUCUCCUCUCCAGACAGCCCCUACAUUACCGUCCUGGCCAUUGACCCUUACAUCAUUGCCAAAGCCAUCGAUCAGAACCUGCACUCGGUCUUCAAGGAGUCCAACAUCCGAGGCCAUGACUAUCUGCGCAAUCUGGUCCACCUGCCCUUCUACCUGGAGGUUGGGAUUAAGCUGAAGGAGAAUGCAGAAACUGCUGGUCCAACGGCCAAUCAUAUCACACCUUCAAGUACAAAGCAAUUGCGAUGGGGCCUCCCGAGCAUCCCCGAAAUUCCUGAAAAUGAUAACGGUCGUCGAGCAGUAAGAUUUACACAGAAAAUCAGGCCCGAGGCGUCCCAGCAGGCUGGCACACCCUCCCCAAGGCUCGACCGCCAUCUGAUCCCUGCCCAACCUGCCAAGGAGGACGGCGAGAGUCAGGCACUUGGACGAAUGAGUUCCGGCACCACACGAGAUGUGUCUCAGCUCCUGGCGUCGGAUGAGCAGUUCAGCGAUCUCAGCCCCCGUAGCAUGAGCCGCCUGCUCAACAUUGUCUCUAUCACCGGUCGUCUCCUGCGAGCCAACAACAUCACUUUCCAGUGGCAGCGCCUAGCCUCCUGGGUCAAUGUGACUGAGAAGUGGCCCUACAGGAUGUCGCGACUGGCCGUCUACUGUCAGGAUAAUGAGGAUGCCUUCGAUGAUGAACUGCCACUCAAAGUGGUCUUUGAAAGAAUCCAAGAUGAGAUCCCAGCCAGCAGAGAGAUUGAGCCUCUGCUGGACCUGGAUCAAGACAGUCGAAGUUUCCUGGUCUACCUGACCAAGCACACUCCAGUACUGACUGUGGCUGAUGUCCGACGCUUUCUGCCCUGUGCUUGCCAUUUAGAUCCUUAUCUCCGUAAACAAAUCAAAGAUUCCUUGGAGAGCCAAGACAUGGCAGGUGCCCUGCCAAAUAUUUCAGCCCUGUCUCGCCCCCAGAGUUUUGGUAGUAACUUCCCCAACCAAGUAUCGAGUCGGUCGUCAGUCUACUCGGCCUUGAGUGACACGCCCUCACGUCUAAGCUACCAGAUGGCUGCCAUCAACCCUUUCUCCAAAAAGAUACCUAGUCCAGCAGUCAGUGGAACCCCAAGUCCAGGUUUUUUGACUGUCAAGGACGUGUGUGACCGUCUUCUGCAACUGGAAGGCAUCGACAAGCAUUCGAUCCCUCGUUACCAGGCUAGGAUUGCUGAGCACAAUGUCAACGGACACGUCCUGCUGCAGUGUGACCUGGAUGAACUCAAGGAGGUGCUCGGCAUGAAUUUUGGUGAUUGGCAGCUGUUCCGUUCCCUGGUGAUGACGAUGAGAGGUCAGGCCCUGAGCUGCACCCAGUCACCCAGCAUGUCCAGCAGCGACGUGCUGCAGAUGGAUGCCAGCCAAGGAGACAGCACAGUCAACUUGAUGAACGGGGGUGCUGCCAAGAGCAACAGCAUGGCCAUUUCACCGCACUCACAGAACGAUUACCUGAACCUCAGUUUCGAGGAGCUGCGAAAAAGCUCCCAGCAUUCCUCCCAGCGUUCCUCCCUGCACAACUCGCGGCUUUCUCUGGGGACAUCAGUGAGCGAGUCAUCCCAGGCCAUCGACCAGUCGGGUACCAGCGAGGCCGAGGAGGAAAGUUCACCGAAAUAUGUCCAGCGGAUAGACCAUGCCAGUCUUCUCCGUGCUAUGGAUGAUAAAGGUUGUGAUGUAGACCGCGAAGGCAUCACCCAGUUCAUGGGAGUGGUGUCUGAUAAUGAGUACGAUGAGCGGCAGGAACAGUACGAGAUGUCCAAUGUCAUAGCACAUCAGGAUGUAGGUUUAACACCUGCUGAAGAAACAAUACCUUCAGUGUCCUCAGGCUUGGGUUUCAGACGGAAUCAUUCGUUGAAAUUAGAAGAUGCCAAUAAGCCACAGACCAAUGGAAUUCACCACGUAGAUGGAUUAAUCUCAGAAAGGAUUGUCCCAGGAAAACAUGUCGAAAUUUCUUCCACGGCAGCAAGUGGAAAUGGACGGAAAACCAAAAGGCGGAGAAGCCUAAGUGAGGAAAGUGGUGAAUCAGAACCUACGGAAGACCAACCCUUGUUGGAUGAAAAUGUGAGCGACAACAAGGAAAGUGGAAGGCAUAAUAAUGAGGCAGAGCAAAGGAGGAGCCCAAUUAAAACUGCUAAAGUUAACCUCACCAUCCCGAAAACAGAGAAUGGACAUGAAGAAGGGAAACCUAGUCGACUAUUGUAUAACCCAGAACCGAACAUCAUCAGCCCAGACCUGAAAGCUCAGGUCGUGGAGGAUGUGGAAAAGAUGUUUGAGAAUCUUGAAGUUGAAUUGUCUCACAGGAAACAGCAGUCUCCACCAUUGGAGGUCCCACCUCCCCGCGAGCCGACUCUGCCCAAACCUGCAAAUGUCCGCUUUCCCAAGAGCCCCUUCAGGGGGGAGCAGCAGACACACGACUUGUCGCUGCUGGCUGGAUACUCCAGCUUCACCCCAAUGAUGCGUGAACUCCAAAGCGUCCCUGAAACAGACGUCAUGAGUACGACAACCAACUCGGACGAGGUGAUGUCGACUCCUGGAUCAUCGGAUCAGCCGCGCUACCGCCGCCCCCUGGUUCGGCAGUCCCAGUCCAGUGAUCUUCUGACGCGGGACCAUACCCCUCCUCCCCCUACCUCAGUGGAGGAGAAGCCGAUAAUGCGCAGCAUCUCCCAACCAAACCGGUUCACGGAUGCAGGGCUGGAACUUGCACAGCAGUCGUCCCAGCAGCGGACGUUGGACCAGAGCUUUGACGAGUUCAUCAUGCUGUCCUUGGAAGAGCAGCGGAAAAAGCGGACGGUGUCGGACAGGGACGAGCUGGAGAAGCCACCCAAGAACACCGGCAGGGGAGCUGCCAAUCCAUUCUGGAGGCAGUCUGCCCCGUCACUCGGUUCAAACUGUGAAAACAGGGACGUUUUCACAGUCAACAUCGGUGAUCCAGGACCAAGCAGCAGUGAUCAGAAAAGGGCUGUUCUCAAGGGGAGCAUGAAUUUGUAGAACCAAUGAUCGUGGAUCAAGAAACUUCCAGGUUCCGGGCUUCAGUGGUGCAUCGGUGGGUUUUUGUUUUGUCUGAUCCUUGAAGACACUUUUUGUGCACUCGACUUGGUACAUAUAUCAUAGUUAUUGCAUUGUCUGUUUGGAAGGUUUUCUAAGAGUUAGAUUGUAGUUUGGACAAGAGUAUACUGUGAAGUUUAAGUUUUAUGAGUGUGCUUGGUCAGCACUGAAGGUAUGAUGAAUUAAACUGGAGCCAGAUACAGAGCCUCUUUUUGGUAAAAAAGCACACAUCCAGGAAAACUAUUGUGCAGUGGCUGUUUCCAGUGGAAAUCAAUAACUGAUGACAUAGUUGACAAGAAGUAGCUGUGCUAUCUGCUUCAUGCACAGAUACCCACUCAUUGGCAACAGAGAGAGACUAGCAGGCAACGGUGUAGCUGAAUCCAGGUGGCCAUGCAAAGGCAGUGCAUCCCAGUGACAACUGAUGGUGUGAAUUUUCAGCAUCACAUGUGCACAAACCUAUGUGCACAAACCUGUGUGCCCAUGCUGUGUGUGUUUCAUUAACAGGGUGUUAUUGCGAUGUGAAAAGCCAUCAGUUGUAAAUUUGGUUCCAAAUACAAAGUAGUUUGACCCAUGCAAUUGCGGUUCCUUUUUGCCUUGUCUUUGACUGAUGAUUCUGCUCAGUGAAUUUGGCUCCAGGAUUUUUCUUGAUGUUUUCCAGAGGACUUGUUGCUUUCCCCUGUGCUUGACAGUUAGUGCUUUUCUGUGCACUGUCACAGUCUGAACUAAUCAUAGGGAAAGUUUAUACGGAAGGAUUUGGUUGUCAGAGUCAAUUAGUUAUCCUUAAAGAUGAGUGCAAUCAGUAUUUGUAAGUCAUGCCAAAAACAGCCAAAGAUAGGUUCAUUUAACUUUAUCAGGACGACUUCCAGAGCUUUGUCAUUUUCAGCUGAACCUGUUUUUUGUAGUGUAAAUUGAAACUGUGUAAAUUGUAAAGCACCACUGUCUUAGUUCUGCGUGAAAAGUCUGUGUGAAAUCAUAUUUUUCAACUUUAGACUGGGCAUGUUUAUGGGAGAUUCUAGCAUGAUUUUUAAUUCCCGUAAUUCUUGGGGGGCGGUGUAUUAGAAGUGUUAACAGAGCAAAAAUUGUCGAUUUUCAAAGUAAAAUUCUUUCUGUUGCAAAAAAUACGUUGUUGGCUGUCAGGGAGGCCAUCUUUAGUCACAUGAUAGUGAUACUGAUAUAAAAAAAAAUGGAUGAACCGGAGACCAAUUUCAUGGACUUCCUCAAGAAAUGCUGUCCAGCAGAAUUUUCUAAAUGGUGCUGACAUGAAGCAUUUUUUACAGUCUGGACAUGUAGAUGAUGUAUUCACACUGCUGUGGUUGCUUCACUAUUUCAGCUCAGUUUUGCAUCUGAGGCAAGCAUGAUUUUUGGCUGUGCAUUCUCUGUAUCAGUUCCUGUGGAGGAAUGAUGGUUCAGUUAGAAAUUAAUUCCUUAGAGCUCUGCCGUGAAAUUGGGUCUUGAAUUGUACCUAGUAAUAAUUGGUCAAUAAAUGUGUAGAUUAUCACAGAAAUAUUAUAUUUGUGAGUCAUUGAAGAAAGGGAAAUAAUAGCUAUACACCUCAAGUGCUGAAAGAAAUGAGACAAAAAUACUGUCAAAACUGUCAAAAUUAUUUCUGUGAGGUCAGAAGAUUUUUUUUUGUCAUGCAGCAGAAUAUUUCUCUGUUUGGAUUAGGGUGCAAGUGAGUGAAGUUAAGAAUGAAGUUUGUGUUCAAAACAGAGUGGUGUUUGCAUGAUAUUAUAUCUACAUUGCAUAUGAUUGGUGUGGUCAUAGGGGACCAUACAAAGAUGGCUUUCUGGUUGUUGAUAAGACUGGCUGCUCUGUGAAAAGGAAAUGGCGCAGCAGAUUGCUAUAAACCUUAAUGUAAGUUUGCUCUGGAUAACAAUGGUUUAGCUGGCACCCUUUUCUAUCAAUAUUUUUUCAAAAGUUAAAUAAUUCUGUUUAUAUCUUUUUUACACUGUGGGUAUCAGUUGUGCUUGUCCCCAGACUUGAAAUAGAAGAUUUUAGCUGAAAUGUCCUCAUGAAUGCGCUUUGAAAGCUUUUAUGUUCAAUGCAUAGAUGAUAGCACUCUGUGAAGUACUCUCAGUAUUCAGUGGAUAUCAACAGUUACCUUCCAUCUUGAAAUGAUGAUGUGAUAACAAGUAUGCUCCCAGCCUUACUCAGAGUAUGCUCUUUCUUACCCAAGGGUGGUACUCUUGCCAUUUGUGUGCUCAGUAUUACACUUUUGUUAACACGAGUAACUCGCUCGGAUGCAGCGACAGAAACGGGCAUUUAACCAUUGGCUCAGUCUCUCCUGAGUAAAGGGCCCUCAGUCUGGUGACGUAAACCAUGUGUUUAAUGUGCCACAAAUAGCAUCUCUUGCCUUGGAGAACCUGACUCUAGAUGGCUGCACUGCGACAAAGCUGGGGACGACAUCCAUGGUGCAGGGCAUUAGUUAAGCUGUCACUGUUUGCCAGUCAGAUUGUAUACUUAGCAAAAAUCAGCAGAGAAUCGGUCACAAGAAAUGAUGGUUUCACAUCUUACUUUGGCUGAUUUUCAUUGUUAAGCAGGUUGGUUGGUACAAAUUGGUUUUUCCCCCAUUCCAUUCCCCAAUGUGGAUUUACUCCUUUUUCAAGGAAAAAGCUUGCUGAGAACCGGUGGAUAAUAUUUUUCUCAAGUUGACACCACAAGAGUUGUAAGGCUGUUGAAAUGACAGCGUCUCGCAGAGAUGUUGAAGUAUCCUGGUCAUUGGAUACUAGCCUUGCCCCAUGUACAUAUGCAAGUCUUGCCCCAUAUAUCCCACCUUUGUUUUCCUAUUGGAUGCGAUAAUUAGGCUACACAAAAUUGCAUCCCAUUUUCCCAUCUUUAAUGAGUGAUGGCAAAUGCCUUUGUGAUUUGGUCAUCUUAAUCACAGUUAUGGGAUUGACAAGUUAUUUGCAAGGGUGACAAAUUAUUCGUCAGCAUCCUUCCAUUUUUGUCAACAUUUGGGUUUCAUUGAAAUCAGGAGUGAUUUUAAAUUUUAUGUGAAUCAUUUAAUUUUGUCAACUUCUUAUUGUAACCUUUUUAUUUGUAAAUUUCCUGUUUUGCCUUUUAUUUAUUUUGAACAAACCAAAUGAUUUUGGUUGACAGUAUUUUGAAAAUAUCCUAAAUAUUGAGUUAUUGAAAUGGAAAGGAAUGACCCCAAUUUGGAUAGUGUACAUUUACAUUUUCAAGAAAAAAUGUAUGUCAAUAACAAAGUGAUAUUUUGUACUGAUUGUUAAAACUGUGAGAGAAAUUUGUAUUAGAAAUGUUUGAUGAAUAGUUUUCAAGUAUCUGCAGGCAAUGUAUGCAAAUCACCCUUUUUAUCAAAGUAGAAUUUGGGAGAUGUUUUUGAUGCUGUUUAUUUAAAUGUCAUAUUUUCUUCAUCACACAUUUCAAGUUGGAAAAGCAAUUUUCAGGGCUCAGCAGAGACCCUCCUUUUUCUUUCUUUCCUUUCUGUUCAGUCUUCUUUUGUAGAAAGGAUGAAUGCGAGUUGGAAUACACUUCUUGAGCAAUCUGAAGGAAAUGAAGACGUGAAAUGAAAUUGCAUUGGAUAAGUUAGCAGUGAAACAUACCAGUUUUCAUCAUUCCGAUUUAAGUUGGAAAUACCAGAGCGUAUGGAAGUUGUAAUCAUUUCCACUUCAGUUUAGGCAAACGCCAGUAAUUUUCAACCAUUUUGCAUGUCAAAUCUGAAGUCGUGUUACUUUGGAAAAGUAAUGGACAUUGUUCCAGUGGAAUUGGAAGGCUCAUGGACAAUAUCAUCUACUGCAUCCAUGGAUGUACAUGUACAUAUAGUUUUGCCUCAUUACUGUUGGUGUUGAACAUUGCAUAACUAGCAAAUCUUUAACCCCCCCCCAAAAAAAACAGUUCAUCAGUUGUAUUACACUUCUGCCGUUUUGUGUUGGCAGUGCAGGAAAUUGUCAAAAAAAUUGAAUGGGUCUUUCAGAGCUGACUUGACGAGAUCAAUCGUAUAUUGUAGUUUUAACAUGUUCAUGUUGUGCAUUACAGUUGGAGAUAAUAAUGGUUAGCAAUAUAUUUGUUUUGAAUUAUUGACAAUAAACAAAAGACCUAAAUUUGUAUUUAA